CUUUCUGUCUCAAUUUUCUUCACAACGAGCGAGAAGGAGAAACAAAAGAAAGGGUCAGAGACAGACACCGUAGAAAACGAAGCCUUUUCAUUUUUUCUCUAUCGUAGCAGCGGAGGAACAAAGAGGGAGGGAAAGGGGAAGCCGGUGAAAUGGGGGAACCUCCAAGUCCAAUAUUCAAUUCGAGACCCUACAAUGUUUGAAGGAAAAAAGUCCGUCGCUUAAAUCAACACCGACGGCUUUGAUCGUCUAGGGCAAAUCACGGUUCUUUCUCUUCCAAUUAAGUCUCAGCUGAUUUUCUUGUUCUCUCUAUUGGAACAAUCUUCGCUUUGUUUUUUCUUCAGUUGCGUUACGAUUAUCUGUCAGAAAUGUGUUGGCCGAGUUUCGGCUCGUGAAGGUAAGGUUUUUGAUUCGCUUUCGUGGAAAGCUUGUAAUUCUCUGCGUAGGUUUUCGUCGGUCGUGCUCGGGAGGAGAUUAAGCGCGGAUCUAUACGUUCUGGGGUUGUGUUUCUCUUUCGGUUUUAAGUGAAACUCGCCGAGAACCGGUGAAAUUUUAGGGAAUUGGUUUAGUUUCCAGAGAAGGCCUUUGGGUUUUUUUUUUUCAUUUUUUUUUCGGCGGGGAAUUGGUCGUCUCUAGUUUCUCUUUUCUUUUUUCUUUCCUCCUCUUUCUUUGUUCCUUGUAAAGAUGGAAGGUUCUGGCGGGAAUUCGGAGACGUAUAGAAAUUCCACGGGUGUCGGUGGUAGUUCGAGAAGGUACGGUGUGCAGUUCUCGGCAUCGAAUUUUAUACAGGCACCAUUGUCGGCAUUGUUAGAGUAUUCUGGCAUUCUUAGAGGCCGAUCGAGUCAUUUGGAAACGGAGAGUUUGGUCAGUGGAGGUGCCGCAACUGGUCUCCGCGAUCACAUUCAAAGCCGAUUGGAUGAUUCAGCUGCAGGCAGUAGCGGGGACGAGGUUUCGAUUAGGAUAAUUGGUGCCGGAGAGCAAGAACAUGGCAGGGCAGGGACCGGUUUGUCAAGUUCGCCGGUUGGUGCAGGGAGAGAGGCAGGUUCUGGCGAUAGUGCUGUACCGACUGAGCACGUGGCUGGAUCAGCAGCAGCUAUGGCGGAUGGGCAGGGGGAUUCUGGUAAUGAAGGCGGAGUUGGAGAAGGGGUUUCUUCGACAUCGUCCGCUUCUAUUUCGGCUGUUCAUUCUGGUAAUGGAAGCACGAAUGGUGAUGCGGGGAAUGGUGCUGGAGGUAAUAACAGAGAUUCGUCUUACCAGAGAUAUGAUAUCCAACAGGUUGCAAGAUGGAUAGAGCAGAUACUUCCAUUUUCUUUGCUGCUGUUGGUUGUCUUCAUUCGACAACAUUUGCAAGGUUUCUUUGUCACAAUCUGGAUUGCUGCAGUCAUGUUCAAGUCAAAUGAUAUUCUACGAAAGCAGACAGCUCUAAAGGGAGAGAGAAAAUUUUCUGUUCUCAUUGGCAUCUCUAUUGUUUUCAUGCUUCAUGUGGUUGGUGUUUACUGGUGGUACCGGAAUGAUGAUCUUCUAUAUCCAUUAGUCAUGCUUCCUCCAAAGGCAAUACCACCUUUCUGGCAUGCUAUAUUUAUCAUCAUGGUGAAUGAUACAAUGGUGCGGCAGGCAGCAAUGGUCAUAAAGUGCAUACUGCUAAUGUAUCACAAGAAUAGUAGAGGCAGAAAUUAUCGGAAGCAGGGUCAAAUGUUAACUUUAGUUGAAUAUCUGCUGCUGCUUUACCGUGCCUUGUUACCAACACCUGUCUGGUACCGGUUCUUCUUGAACAAGGAAUAUGGAAGCCUUUUUUCAUCACUAACUACGGGAUUGUACCUAACUUUCAAGCUUACUUCUGUUGUUGAGAAGGUCCAGUCCUUCUUUGCGGCUUUGAAGGCACUGUCACGUAAAGAGGUCCAUUAUGGAUCUUAUGCUACAUCUGAACAGGUGAAUGCAGCAGGUGAUCUCUGUGCUAUUUGCCAGGAGAAGAUGCAUGCUCCGAUCUUACUUCGCUGUAAACAUAUCUUCUGUGAAGACUGUGUAUCAGAAUGGUUUGAGAGAGAACGUACAUGCCCACUGUGCAGGGCGUUGGUUAAACCUGCGGAUCUGAGGUCAUUUGGUGAUGGGUCAACCAGUUUGUUUUUCCAAUUAUUUUGAGAUUGUACUUCAUUGAAGAGGAAGACUCGAUAUUUUGAAGCUGGGAACCCUUCUUCAGAGGAGCUUUCUUCACUGGAUCACAUCAUUCCCACCUGAGAAAUUCUGAAUGUAUUGUUUUUGCAUCACCAUAUUCUUACGCCGUUUCAGGAAAUCUACUGAAGGUGCUAUGAAAAAGGAUGACUGGCUUUAUGUUCAUAUGCGCUGUAAUCAUGAGUAUCUCAUGGAUCCGUUGCUCUUUUGGGAAAUUGUCAAACUUUAAGAUAAAUGGGUCUUCGGGUCUUAUUAUAUAUAUACAUAUAUAUACAGGUUGAUUUGAUUAUAGUGAAAGAUAUUCAAGUUGGUCUUGAGCAUUUAUGAAGCAAA